UGUCGGGGACGCGCACGCAGCCCGCGCUCGCUCUCUCUGCGUGGUGACGUCACAAUCUCGCCGAGCCCCGCGAGCGGACGUGGAAUGGCGGCGCUGAGAGGGGAGUUCAAACCAGAGCCAGGCUCCCUCAGCCCGUCAGCCUGAGCCAGCGGCCCCAGCGGGCCAGCACCGCUCCAUGAAGCGCAUGAAGGCCGCCAGGGGCCCCGCGGGGGCCGAGGAGCCGGGAGGGGAGUCCCCGGAGCCGGAGGAUGUGGAGGAUUCCUCUGCAAAAGCACUUGUCAGUUUAAAAGAGGGGAGCUUAUCAAAUACUUGGAAUGAAAAAUACAACUCCCCACAGAAAACGCCCAACUGGAAGGGAGGCAUCAACCCAGCCACAGAUUUGCCAUACAGGAGUUCAAAGCGAAGUCGUCUUUUCUGUGAUGAAGAAGAAAAGCUAUUAAAUACCAGAUCCCCUAAAAGAAAUCAAAAAACAACCACAAUGCCUCAGAAAGUUCCAGCUACUAUCAAUACCCCAGUGAAGAAAUCAUCUCAGAAGAUUGGUUACCGAUUGCGGAAUUUAUUAAAGCUCCCCAAAGCUCACAAAUGGUGUAUAUACGAGUGGUUUUAUUCAAAUAUAGACAAGCCUUUAUUUGAAGGUGAUAAUGACUUCUGUGUGUGCUUAAAAGAAUCCUUCCCAAAUCUUAAGACCAGGAAACUAACAAGGGUAGAAUGGGGAAAAAUUAGAAGGCUUAUGGGAAAACCAAGAAGAUGUUCUGCCGCAUUCUUUGACGAGGAGAGAGCCGCCCUGGAGCAGAAACGGCAGAAAAUUCGCCUUCUGCAGCAAAGGAAGGUAGCAGACGUGUCACAGUUCAAGGAUCUUCCUGAUGAAAUCCCCUUGUCACUGGUUAUAGGAACGAAGGUUACAGCUCGUUUACGUGGGCAGCAUGAUGGCUUAUUCACCGGCCAGAUAGAUGCUGUAGAUACACAGAACUCAACCUACAGAGUAACCUUUGAUAGAAAUGGCCUGGGCACUCACACCAUCCCUGACUAUGAAGUUCUUAGUUAUGAGCCUCAUGAGACUAUGCCGAUAGCGGCCUUUGGACAGAAACAGCGGCCAUCCAGGAUGUUCAUGACUCCUCCCCGGUUACAUUACUCUCCUACCGUCCAGUCACCGAUAAUGGAAACUGAUCCCAUGUUGGGACAGUCACCAUGGAAAAAUAAAAUGUCCAAAGAAGACAAUGAGACCAUAGGUGGAUUUCCUGUUGAGUUUCUUGUCCAGGUGACCCGAUUAUCAAAGAUCCUUAUGAUAAAGAAAGAACACAUCAAGCAAUUAAGAGACAUGAAUACAGAAGCAGAGAAACUGAAAUCUUACUCUGCACCUAUUGGUAUUGAGUUUCAGCGAAGAUACGCAACCGUUGUUCUUGACCUAGAACAGCUGAACAAGGAUCUGAAUAAAGUUCUACAUAAGGUCCAGCAGUACUGUUAUGAGCUCGCCCCAGAUCAGGGACUGCAACCAGCCAACCAGCCUACAAGUAUGAGGCAGCGGUGUGAAGAUCAGGCUCAGGAGAUGGUCCGUCAAGCUAAUACCCCAUCCACCGGACAGCAAUGCGUACAGGACGAGGGCCUGACGGAUUUAAUUUCUCGGCUAACUGCCAUCCUUUUACAGAUCAAAUGUCUGGCCGAAGGAGGGGAUCUCAAUUCAUUUGAGUUCAAAUCUUUAACAGACUCUUUAAAUGACAUCAAGAGUUCAAUAAGCCCUUCUAAUAUCAGCUGCUUUCAAAAUAACGUUGAGAUCCACGUAGCGCACAUUCAGAGUGGACUGAGUCAGAUGGGGAACCUCCACGCGUUUGCUGCCAAUAACACAAACAGAGACUGAGAUGUGAGAGGAUGUUGCACAGCUCUGUUUCCAUGAAGCAAACUUUUAUAGCAACAAUAUCCAUUUGGAGAGAACAAAGAAAAGUUAACUCACUUUUUAUGCUUAUGAAGCAGCAUUAAAACCACAAACUGUUUAAUUUAAUUUGUAUGAAUUAAAAGAAAUAUAUUUUGUUUUACAUUUCCUGAAAGCCACAAAUGGCACCAAUUAAUAAACUCCAGCCAUGAAUAGGGCCUAAACCGAGAACUGCAGCCACGAAUAGCUCUCAUUAAUAAACCUGCAGCCAUGAAUACCAUAUUGGUGUCUCCAGCAACAGGGGACAAAAAUAGACCACUACAGAUCUCUUCCAUAACUUGCCAAAUAAGUUCAUCUAACGUCUUCUAUCGGCAGUAUCAGAGUUCUUCUUUGCUUGGAAUGGUAUGAUAUGGAACGAUCAAAUCCGCAAGAUGAAUGAUGAAUUUGCAAACAAUGUAUCUAUAAAUGCUCAGUGGAUUGUGGCUGCUUUGUGUACUGCAAACUGUAACACCGGACUUGGCUCUCAAAACAUGGUACUUCUCUUGUGUAAAUGCGUUGGAGUUCUGCGAAGGAAUUUGAUAUAUAACUGGCCUGAAGACUGGACAAGCCAAGCAUUAGAUUGGAAAAGCUUUUGUUUUCUGUUAGUUUUUUUUUCUUUCUUUCUUUAAGCUAUAUUAUGGAUCUACCUGACGAGAUCAAACCUGAAAAAAAGGAAUUCUCCACCAGUCUGUUGCCACACAUGGUGGGUUCUGUUUGAUUGUCAAAGAUCCAUGUAUGUUAGCAAACCAGGCAUUUAGCCCACCACAGCUAAUCGCACAAACCAUCCCUGGAGUGUAUUCUUAGAUGUUGAUCUUGUACAAAUUGUGUAUUGGGUUGUUUAAUAUAGAUGGUAAACUGCUUAAUUAUAAUAAACUGUUUGCCAUUUUUACUAGAAGUAAA